UUCAAGGAGGCAUUCUGUGAUGCUGACCCUGGUGCAACUGCACAUAUGCAGAUGGAGAAACUUGUACAAGGCAUGAAAACAGCAGAUGAGUACAUCUUGUUGUUCCAUGAACUUGCAGCAUGGACCAAAUACAAUGAGAUUGCACAUGUUGAACAUUUCAAAUGUGGCCUGCACUGA